AUGCCAGAGGAAGUAGAACGGGAGAAACUAUCAGAGAUCAUCCGACAGUGGAAUAUUAACAGACUGGACCUGUUUGAAAUUAGCCAACCAGAUGAGAAACUGAAGUUUCAUGGUGUGAUCCGCUUCUACUUUGAGGAUCAUAUAGAAGGCAACGUGGCCACAAAGUGCCUGCGGGUUUGCAGCAGCUCUCAGACUCAAGAGCUCAUUGAAACUCUUUCAGAGAAAUUCAGGCCCGACAUGAAAAUGCUGACGACUAGUUAUUCCCUAUAUGAGAUCCACACUAAUAAAGAACGCAAGUUGGACCUGGAUGAGAGACCUUUGGUUGUACAGCUGAGCUGGAAAUCAGACAACAGAGAAGGACGUUUUGUGUUAAAGAAAGACGGGGACAGUUUGAAGGAAAGCUGUCUCGAGAAGGAAAAAGGAGGUGUUAUCCAAACCUUUAAGAGGACGCUGUCACGAAAAGGAAAGACAAAAGAGAAGAGCAAAACCAGUGCAGUGGACAAGUUAUCAGAAGAUGAGAGCGGAUCAACAGAAGACCUAUUGAACAAUAACACAGAAACCCCAAAACACUGCAAGAAGAAUAAGGAGCACAGGCAGGCUCCUGAGGCGGAGGAGCUCUUCCUGUCUGCAGUCAUUAAUUACACCAACAGCUCCACAGUUCAUUUCAAGCUCUCACCUGCUUACAUCCUCUAUGCUGCGUGCCGGUUUGUUCUGCGACGCCAUUACACUCGAGGCUCUCCAUCUUCUGAACACACACAUCAUGUAACAUUAAUCACAAACACAAUGGUAGCCAUGACAGGGAAUGUCAUCCAGAGGCAGAAAGCCAUGGCCGGGGCCCUCGCCUUCUGGAUGGCCAAUUCCUCUGAGCUGCUGAACUUCCUCAAACAUGACAAAGACCUCAGCCCGCUUACACAGAAUAGUCAGCUAAAUCUGUCCCACCAGGUGCACAGAGCCUACAGUUUCUUGCUACAGUGUCUACAGAAUGAGUUAAGAAAACAUUUACCUACUUUCCUGAUUGAUCCUGAGCAACACGGUGCACUACCAGCUGGAAUAGAGAUGGUGCUGAACACCUUGAUGAAUGCCAUGUCUCUAUUAAGGCGCUGUCGGGUCAAUCCCACCCUCACCAUUCAGCUCUUUUCCCAGCUCUUCCAUUUCAUCAGCAUUUGGCUCUUUAACCAGCUCAUGAACCGAGACGCCAGAACUCCAGGUCUGCGCUCCCACUACUGGGGAUCUGCUCUCCGCCAGAGGCUCACAGCCAUCGAAGCCUGGGCAGAGAGGCAGGGCCUGGAGCUGGCUGCCGACUGCCACCUGGGAAACAUCAUACAGGCAACCACACUCCUGACCAUGAAUAAGUACUCAACGCAGGAUGCCAAGGACAUUCAGAAUACCUGUUUCAAGUUGAACUCACUGCAGCUGCGGAUGUUGCUGUCAGGCUACGUCUAUGCAACCAAUGAGCCUCACAUCCCUCCUGAUUUGAUCGAUGCUGUAGUGAGGGCUGCCGAGGCCUCAGCGGAUAACCUGAUUCGGAGUGAAGGACGUGACAUCCAGCUGGAGGAGAGCCUCGAUCUGCACCUGCCUUUCCUGCUUCCGGAGGGAGGAUAUUCCUGUGACACUGUGAAAGGAAUCCCUCCGGGGUUUAGAGAGUUUUUGGAGCCAAUUUGUCAGAAAGGUCUUUGCUCGUUGACAUCUCAGCCAAAAUCCGAAGGCGACUGGACUGUGCACUUCAAUAACUCUGUUCCCUCUGAGGAUGGAGCAUAUUUGGGAGUGAACAGACAGCCUGAGAUUGAGACCAUAACCUUACACAAGCCUCUGAACAGUGGGAUGGGAGUCAGCAUUGUAGCCGCCAAGGGAGCAGGGCAGGGUAACCUUGGGAUCUAUAUUAAAUCUAUAGUCAAGGGAGGCCCAGCUGAAAUGAAUGGGAGGUUAGCAGCUGGAGAUCAGCUGCUCAGUGUGGAUGGUCACAAUCUGGUUGGACUCAGCCAAGAAAGGGCAGCAGCAAUCAUGAUGCAACCUGGCCCUGUAGUGACCCUACAGGUUGCAAAGUUUGGUGCGAGCUACCAUGGUCUUGGGGCCCUGCUGAGUGAAGCAACUACAGAAAAAACUACAAGCCGUGCUCAGCCACAUGAAAACACGUCCGUGCUGUACUGUGUCGUGGAUCUUGGCUCGUCGGAGAGGCUCCACGGAGGCAGCAAAAAAAAGGACCAGAUGAUGCAGAGGAACAGACAGCUCUACCGCUCCAACCCCAACAUGACCGACCUGCACCUGGAGGAUGGAGAGGAACCUGCUGACCCCGAUGCGAGAGGAAAUGUCACUUCUGUUUCCACCACCAACCUUUGCACUGAUACAUUUCACAGAGAAUAUUUGACUCUUCCAAACCCCAAGUCCAAAGACAAGAGCCUGUCUGAGAUAAACCGACCUCAUCAAACCUUCAAAAUGUCUUUAGGAGCUUUAGAAAAACAGAGCAGCAAUAAGAGAGCAUUUAUGCGUCAAGCCCUCUCACAGGAGAACCUGUGCAUGGACAGUGGAGGCCCCCUGCUGGACAAAAGACAGAACGCAUGGCAACAGAGGGACCAGGCUGCAAAGCAAACUCAAAGUCACUACUCCUCCUUCCCAAUUCGCUCAAGUCUUUCUUCUAAUGACAUCCUCUCCAAUCACAGUUCUCCCACCAAACAACAACAAAGCAGUCGUACAAGUGCAGCUGGUGUCUGGAGAAUGCCUUUUUCCCAGCAGGCCAUACCUGCACCUUCAGUCCAGCCAAUACGCAUCGACAUCCCUGUAACCAGAGCAGCAAGCACACAGUCAAAUCUUCCACUUACCACCUUCCAGCAGAGUUCCUCUUUGUUAGCUGUGAAGAUGAGCCAGACACUUAAAGUCAGUGGACACACACAGAGUCCUCAAAGUCAAAUGGAUCAUAUUUAUGCCUGUCCUGUCCCUGCAGCUAAGAAGCUACCUCAACCUCAGCAGCAAAGAUCAGCCACAUGCAGAGGUAAAACAGAAAAACCCCAAGUGAGCAUCACUCCAACAAAAAAACAUGUUUCCUUCCUAGAAGAUGCCCCUCAGCAGAACAAGAGGGAAGGAGGUCCUGUGAGGCAAAGAGACCCUCGGGUGUUGUGUGACCCCUGGAAGAGGGAGGCCCAGGAGAAGCUGGAGAAGCAACGGAGGCUUCAAGCAGUGGAGCACCUGGUGGAGGAGGUGCAGGAGCUGCAGGCUAAAGCCAAGCGCACGGCGGAGGAGAACAACAGACUGCGGAGGCUUAAUUUAGAGUGGCAGUUUCAGAAGAGGGUGCAGGAGAUGCAGCAGAGGGGGGAGGAUGAACAGGAUGAGGAAGAUUUGGACAUGAUGGUGACCCUGCAGCAGCUGGAGAACAGAAUGCCACAUGCUGAGAACAAUAGAAGUUCUGGAGGGAAUGCCAACCGGGAACUGAAAGAGGAGAAUCAGGUUCCUCAUCUCUUCUAUGAGGAAGACAAGGCAAAGACUGAUCAAAGAGCAAGUGGCGUUCACAAUAUGGCAUCGGAAGCGUGA